AUGAGCUUGCAAACAUUGUCUCGCGAGUUCGUGACUUUAUUCCAACAAGAAAAUUGCCGCGGCGCAGCUGGUCUGCUGCCAAAAAUCAAGCUAGAGUAUGCCAAAGAAGGGCUCAUGGCGCCCUCGUCGGCGUUCAGUAAGGAGGACCUCAUGGCCGCCCGUCAGCUCUUGGAGAUGGGGGUUUUAGUAGAGAUUCACGCUGGGGCAAGUGCCGCUGAAAUUGAUCGCUUGUUUGCCCAGCUUCGCCCGUUCUACGAUCCAAAGUUGAAGCUGGCGGCUAGCGACAAUGAGUCCAAGCUUAUGGCGCUGCACCUGCUUCUGCUCUUGACCAACAAUGAAAUUGCCGAGUUCCAUACCGAGCUGGAGACUUUGUCGAAUGCUGAAAAUGACAAGUACUUGCAGUACCCCGUCAAGCUAGAGCGGUGGCUCAUGGAGGGCGCCUACGACAAGGCAUGGCAGGCGGUGACCGAGAAAUCGCAGUUCCCUGCUCCUGAAUUUGCUAUCUUGACGCAAGGACUACAGUCCACUAUUAGAAACGAGAUUGCUGCAUCUUCUGAAAAGGCUUAUUCUUCGCUGCCGUUCGCAAAUGCUCGCCACCUCUUGUUUUUCACAUCCGACGACGAUCUAACCGAGUUUGCUCAAGCUCGUGACUGGACAGUUAGCAACGGACGAGUGAACUUUGCAAAAGUCGAAGAAGAAGAGCAGGUUGCAUCUACAGAGGGUCUUAUUAGCAGCAUGCUGGCGUAUGCUAGUCAGAUUGAAACUAUCAUCUAA